AGUUGUAAUCGUCAGGGCUCCGACUGCGUUCCAAUCCGCCUAAAUCCGCCUGGGACACGUGUGAACUCUGACGGCAUCCGAAAGUAGAAACUAACACACGAAGACCAAAUAGCCCAAGCUGAUUCUCUUCACUGAGAGCGUCUUCUCAACAACGCUUGCUUUUUCCAACUGAUCCGAGAAGCAAUAGAUAGGAAGCUAGGGUUUCGAUUGUGAUGGCGGAUCAGAACUCUGCGUCCGAGACUAAACCUGAGACCAAGGAGGCUGCACCAGCAAAGAAGCUAUGGAGUGACGAGGAUUUUGGGGAAGUCGAUAUCAGCGGCCUCAAAGUCGUAGAACCUGAGAGCGCGGAGGAUAUCGUCGACCAGCCGGAGCGCAUCAAGAGUGAGUCAAUUGUGGAGCCAGAGGAGAUCAAGAAGGUUGUUGCAGAUGACACUCCGUAUACAUCUGCGAAGAGUUUCGAAGACUUAAAUCUGUCGCCAGAGCUCCUACAGGGGUUGUAUUCGGAAAUGAAAUUCGAAAAACCUAGCAAGAUUCAGGCUGCAACGCUGCCCAUGAUCGUUUCGCCCCCUUACCAGAACCUGAUUGCACAAGCUCACAAUGGUUCAGGAAAGACAACUUGUUUCGUUCUCGGUAUGCUGAGUCGGGUUGAUCCCAAGCUGAAAUCUCCUCAAGCUCUGUGUGUGUGCCCCACUCGAGAGCUUGUUAUUCAGAAUGAGGUGGUGGUAGCUCGUAUGGGGAAGUUCACAGGAAUAACAACGGCAUGUACAGCGACUGCUGAAACAAACAGCCACUUACAUUCGACAAGGCGUGAAAAAAUCGUUGAUCAGAUUGUCAUCGGCACUCCAGGUACUUUGAAGCGCUGGAUGACGAAGGAUAAAGCUCUUGACACAAGACAUGUCAAAGUUCUGGUUUUUGAUGAAGCCGAUCAAAUGCUCGAUCAGGAUGGAUUUCAAGAUGAUUCACUUAGACUAUGGAGAGACAUCAAUAGAAGUGGAGGAAAUUGUCAAGUACUCUUGUUCUCUGCAACUUUCAGUGAUAAAGUAAAGUCCUUCGCAAUGAAGACGAUUCCGAAGGCCAAUUAUAUUUUUGUAGAGAAGGAGCAGCUUUCACUCGAUGUAAUCCGGCAGUACCAAAUCGUAUGUCCAACUACUGCCUCAAAGAUCGAUGUACUCAAGGAUCGCAUCUUUCCAGCUGCAGAGAAACUAGGCCAAUCAAUUAUAUUCGUCCGUACACGUGGAGCCGCUAGUGAACUUCACAAAAGCUUGGAAGAAGAUGGUUUCAAGUGCACAAGUAUACAGGGUGGACUCACCCACGAAGAGCGUGAUCGUGUGAUCAAGGAAUUUCGAGCAGGAGAAACAAAGAUCCUCAUUGCCACGGAUGUUCUUGCACGUGGCUUCGAUCAGGCCCAGGUCACUUUGGUUGUUAAUUAUGAUUUUCCUGUAAAAAAUACUACGAGCAGACACGCUUAUGCUGAACCUGACUAUGAAACAUAUCUGCACCGGAUUGGUCGAAGUGGAAGGUUUGGACGCAAAGGCGCUGCUUUUAAUCUGCUAGUGACUGAAGAGGACAAGAGAAACUUGCGAAAGAUUGAGCAACACUUCAAUAGGAUCAUCCCUGAGGUGGCUUGGAAUAAUAUCGACGAUAUCGAGAAGGUCUUACAGGAUGCAGGCCUUGCAUGAUUUUUGCUUCUUUUCAGUGGCUUAUAAUAUUUUGCGUUUCUAUAAUGUUUUUGUGAGGAUCCUUUGUACAAGAUAACAAUCAUGUUCGAUUUCAGGAAUCGUCUAUAAAUAGAGGUUACUGUUGUGCAGUUGAGUUCAAUCAAAGAAACCAUGAAACUUCUACCAUCAGAUUUGGUAUCUCCGAUA